AUGAAAGAAGACCGUGACAGGAAACGGGAGUCCACUUCCUGCCUCGCAGGAAGCGCCGUGGUCGCGAGGCAGGGGCGGGGGGGGAGCAAAGGAAUGCGAGGCCGCGAGAGCCAAACUGGUGUGAGUGUGCACGGUUUAGGCUGGAGAAAGAGCGCCAGUGUGUGUUGGGGAAGUGGACAAGAAUAUGAGCAAAGAACAUACUGUCCCGGUGCCGCUGAAAGGACUGCAGUGUUCCACAUGUUCCUGUCUUUCUGGGACGUUCUACUCCAGGGGUGUCCAAACUACGGCCCGCGGGGCCGAGUGCGGCAAUUUGGCCGGACCGGCAGCCAGAAAUCUGAUAUCUGCCAUUUCGUCGCCAUCUGGCGGCCAACGAAAAACUCCAUCAGGCACAACCUGUCGCUGCACAGCCGCUUCAUCCGCGUGCAGAACGAGGGCACGGGGAAGAGCUCCUGGUGGAUGCUGAACCCCGAGGGCGGCAAGAGCGGGAAGUCCCCCCGGCGCAGGGCCGCCUCCAUGGACAACAACAGCAAGUUCACCAAGAGCAGAGGACGGGCCGCCAAGAAAAAGCUGUCCCUGCAGGGCGGCCCGGACGGCGGCGCCGACAGCCCGGGCCCCUACAACAAGUGGCCCGGCAGCCCCAACUCGCACAGCAACGACGACUUCGACGCCUGGAGCAGCUUCCGGCCCCGGACCAGCUCCAACGCCAGCACCGUCAGCGGGCGCCUGUCGCCCUUCAUGCCCGAGGACGACCUGGGCGAGGCGGAGGUGCACAUGGGCUACCCGGGCGCCCCCGGCCCCAAGAUGACCGCCACGCUGCCCAGCCUGACGGAGAUGACGGGCUCCCUGGGACACGGCUCGGAGAACGUCAUGGAGAACCUUCUGGACAAUCUGAACUUGCUCUCGCCGAAUAACUCUCAGGUGGGGGGAGGGGCCACCACCCCCGGGUCGGCCCAGUCCUCCCCGUCCCCCAUGAGGCAACCCAGCCCCGGGUACCCCUCCUACAGCUCCCCCAGCAUGGUGUCGCAGCCGCCGCAGGAGUACCGCAAGUGUGUGUACGGGCAAGCGGGGCUCAACGCCAUGACCAUGCAGACCUUGCCGGAGAGCAAGACCGCCUUCGGGCCGUACAGCUGCUCCGCCGGGCUCCUGAAGGAGCUGCUUACGUCCGACACGGACCAGCACCGAGACCUCCUGCCGGCGGUGGACGCCGUGGUGUCCCGGUCGAGCGGGAGCUGCAUGCUGCCGCCGUACGCGCCCAAGCUCAUGGCGGGAGGCAACGUCCACCAUCACGGUCUGCCGCACCCUCGCCAAGCCCCGCCCACUUCCUCGGCGAUGAACGGCCGCUUGCUCAUGUCUCUCAACCACAGCAGCAAAAACCCCAUGCCGGUGCCUUACGGCCUCACGAGCCACCUCGGCGGCGUGCCGGGAGCCUUCUGCCCCAUCAACACCAACGGGUACGGACGCCUGGGCCCGGCGCCGCCGCCCCACCCGGAGAAGCUGCCCAGCGACCUGGACGACAUGUCCAUAGAGAAGUUUGAGUUUGACAUGGAGACCGUCCUCCACGAGACUCUCAUGGACGGCGACUCACUGGACUUCAACUUUGAGCCCAUGGUGACCCAGCAGGGGUUCCCCCACGGGGUGAAGACCACCACGCACAGCUGGGUGUCCGGCUAGGAGGGAGCGUCCAGGCGGGGGAGGGGGGUCUCCAUUCAAGACAUCCAAGAAGGCUGGAUCCUGCUUUCUGUACCUUCAACGUUCCUGCCCAAAAACUUUGCGACAAAGUGCCAGCUCGUCACCGGAUGGAAAUAUCAAAGUAACUUAAGUGCCAAACUAUUUGCCUUAACCACGGAGCCGAUGGACGCGCGUCCUUAAAGUCAAGUCGGGUCCAUCGUUGCUUUGAAGGUUGGUGGUUCUGGGUGGACCCGAGACUGAAGAAGCUAACUUUGAGUAUCUUCUAGCAUCUUUUUUCAUCUGUCCUUCUAGCAUUUC